GGAGGUGAAUCCGACGAGCAUGAUACAGAGUUUGUUCGACCUUUGCUGGUAGGCGAUUUCAACCCUAGUCCAGACGGCCAUUGUGGUUUUAGGGCACUUUCUCAUUGUAUUUAUGGGGAUGAUAGUCACUAUCUGCUCAUGAGAUCGGCGAUUGUCCAUGAAAUCCAACAACAUUUCUGGAAGUACGAGAACUUGUAUAAUGGUGGUCCACUAGCUCACAUUGACCGCAUCAAUUGGCUCGAGGCGGGUUCCGCACCAAUGGGGCGAUGGAUGGAUUCUGAGGACUUGUUCGUGUUUGCCACCAUCUACAACAUCGCAGUCAUGGUCUUCACAUACCAGAUGUUUGAUGUCAAUAAUGGAAACCGUCCACUACCCAACCGCUACGAUGAUGCCUAUGUGGUAUUGCCUAUUGAUGCGGACCAAGGUACUUUGCCACCAACCAUGUUCUUAUCACUGCACUAUGUGAACAACCACUACAUUCGAUUGUACUUCAACCAGGAUCAGUUUCCCAUACCCCCUCUGCAUCCACUUUGGCAUGGGAUAGCAAGUCCUAACGUGGCGGGAUGGGAAGCUAUUCUCGAGGGUGGACAAAAUUUGUAUGCGAGUCUUGGUGGUCGGCAGCGAGCCAGGCAGAGAGACCCCCGAAGAGCUAGGGGAAGGGGUAGGGGUAGGAGCAAUGCAUAGUGUUGCGAUGCUCUAUUUAUAUGUUGUUGUUUUUCUAGUUGUAUUUUAAAUGGCUCUAGU